GAGUUUGUGUUGGGAUUUAUGCUGUGCGACACACGAAGCCGAUGCGCGCUGUGUGCUGCUCAAGCAUACUUCACCCAACCACGACACAUAUGAUUUUUGUCUAGUUUAAACUGAAUUCGAGUGAUGCGUUUUAGCGUACAGUACUAAAACUUCUGUCGAUUGUUGUAUGGCGAUGGUGCUGGUGCUGCUGAUCGUCUUGUUCAUUCAUUCUCCUUCUGUCUUUCUCUCCCUCGCUUGCCGUCGCACUGGUGAUUGGAUGCUUAUGUAUGGGCGCGCGCAUAAUGUGGCCUGCGCACUUAAAACUUACUCAAAAGGAAUAAGAAAAAAGAAGAAAUAUAUAUGAAAAAAUAAAAGAAAAGUAAACGAAAAGAAGCAGAAAAAUACGGUCAAUAUGUUUUCUUCGGGUUCGGUUCUCGGUGUAUGUGUGUUGCUCUCUCUGUGUGUGUCCGCAUUGGUGUGUGAGUUUGAUUUGUUGAAGAGAAGAAAAAAAAAUGUGUGUUGUAUUUCAUGCAUGCGCCUAUAUAUGUAUUCGUAUGCACUGAGCUUGGUUCCUCUUGCGCUCUGUCGCUCGCACGCUACUGCCAAUGCUUUUCAGCCGAAUAGGAAUUGUACGAAAUUGUUCAGUUUCGUUUUGGUUUUUGGAUACACAACAGGUCACAACCAAAAGUCAGUGUGUUCGUUUACUUUGUUGUGUGUUGUUUGUCAGUCGAGAGCGGGCGAGCAAAUCACUUACGAAAUGUAAAAGCAUUUCUCUUGUUCUUAAUGCGGUGGUUUGUUCUUGAUAAAAUGCUGAAAUUGUACUGAAGUGAAAAUGAAGUUGAAUUUAGCAUAGCAUUUUAAUCUAUGUUGGCAACACGACAAAACGGAAAACGGAAAGUGGUGAAGUUAACAAUUACAACAACAACAGAAAAGAAGAAGAAAAUAAUAAGUCAAGUGUGAACGAGAUUAAAACCAAAUUCUCAUUUCAACGAGGAAGAAGAAAUUGAAGAAGAAAAAAAACACGCAACACAUAUAAUAAACAAAACAUGAUGAAAGUGAAGUGGACUUUGCAGUGGCUAUUUGUGAGCAUUAUAUUAGGCUUAGAUUAUUUACAAAAAAUCAGCGCUACUCCAAAUGAAGGUGCAGUUAGCUAUAUACCGGCAUUAGAAUGCUACGAUCCAUAUGGAAAACCACAGCGAUGUAUACCAGAGUUCGUGAAUGCUGCUUACGACCGACGAAUGGAGGCAACAAAUACAUGCGGCGAAAGUGGACCUCAAGAAUACUGUAUACAAACUGGAUACUCAAAUCGAAAGAGUUGUGACAAUAUUUGUAAUCAAGGCGAUCACAGUUCCGUGUUUCUCACCGAUCUGCAUGAGCCUCAACGGCAAACGUGGUGGCAAUCGGAGACGAUGUUGGAAGGCAUUCAACAUCCGAACCAAGUCAAUUUAACAUUGCACCUAGGGAAGUCAUUUGAUAUCACAUACAUCCGUAUUGUGUAUUAUUCGCCGCGUCCAGAAUCGUUUGCUAUUUACAAGCGUCAAACAACGAACGGAUCAUGGAUUCCAUAUCAAUACUAUAGUGCCACGUGCCGAGAUACAUACGGUUUGCCUGACAGUUUGUCGGAGUUUCGCACCGGCAAAAAAGGUGAAUCGGAAUCACGUGCAUUCUGUACCAGUGAAUACAGUGAUAUUUCACCAUUGCGUGAUGGUAACGUUGCAUUCUCAACACUCGAAGGAAGACCCAGUGCAUACAACUUUGAGCACAGCCUCGAAUUGCAGAACUGGGUAACUGCAACCGAUAUUCGUAUUUCGUUGGACCGUUUGAAUACGUUCGGUGAUGAAGUGUUUGGCGAUCCACAAGUAUUGAAAUCAUACUUUUAUGCUAUUGCUGAUGUUGCAAUCGGUGCAAGAUGCAAGUGUAACGGUCACUCCGAUAAAUGUGUUGUUGGCACAGGAUUGAAUGGAGAACGAUCAUGGGUGUGCGAGUGCAAGCAUUACACGGAUGGACAAGACUGUGAAAAGUGUUUGCCGUUCUACAAUGAUGCACCAUGGGGAAGAGCCACAUCGAAAAAUGUACACGAGUGCAAACCAUGCAACUGUAACGGUUAUUCGCAAAAGUGUUUCUUUGACAAGGCAUUGUUCAAUCUAACCGGUCAUGGUGGCCAUUGUAUUGACUGUGCAGCUAAUCGCGAUGGACCAAACUGUGAACGAUGCAAAGAAAAUUACUAUAUGCGAUCGGACGGUUUCUGUAUCAAUUGUGAUUGUGAUCCGACCGGAUCACGUUCAUUGCAGUGCAACAGCGAAGGAAAGUGUCAAUGUAAACCAGGUGUAACCGGCGAAAAGUGUGACCGUUGUGAAGCCAACUACUUUGCAUUCGGCGAACACGGAUGUCAACCAUGCGGUUGUGAUCCACGCGGUUCAUUGGACAAUAUUCCAUCAUGCGACCCAGAAACUGGCUACUGUUCGUGCAAAGAGAAUGUCGAAGGAAAACGAUGUAAAGAGUGUAAACCGGGAUUCUUCAGUUUGGAUUUGGAGAACAAAUUCGGUUGUACACCAUGCUUCUGUUACGGUCACACGUCGGAGUGUCAAAGUGCUCCGGGCUAUUCGAUUGUUUCAACCACGUCGGGCUUCAACAAACACAAAGAGAAAUGGACAGCCGUUGAUGAAUACAGCAAUCCAGUCGAUUUGAAAUACAAUCAGUUUAGUAACAGCAUCGGAACGACAGCAAGAGGCAAUGAACACAUUUAUUUCUUGGCACCCGAACGAUUUUUGGGCGAUCAAAGAGCUUCGUACAAUCGACUAUUGAAAUUCCGCUUGCAAUUGGUCGGUCAAGUUGGUCCAAAUCCAUCGCCAACUGAUGUUAUUUUAGAAGGUGCCGGCACCAAAAUUUCAUUACCCAUUUUCGCACAAGGCCAUAGCCUGCCAAAUCAAGAGACACGCGAAUAUGCGUUCCGUUUGCAUGAAAACAGCGAGUAUUCAUGGCAACCGAGCCAAUCGUCACGUGGUUUCAUCUCGAUUUUGAGCAAUUUGACGGCUAUUAAGAUUCGGGCCACCUACUCGACACACGGCGAAGCAUUUUUGGAUGAUGUUGAAUUGCAAACAGCGAACCGAGGAACGGCCGGUCGACCAGCCACAUGGAUUGAACAGUGUACAUGCCCAGAAGGAUACAUUGGCCAAUUUUGUGAGUCGUGUGCACCGGGAUACCGUCAUAGUCCAGCACGUGGUGGCCCAUUCAUGCCAUGCAUCCCAUGCGACUGUAAUAAACACGCCGAUAUUUGCGAUUCAGAAACGGGGCGAUGCAUUUGCCAACACAACACAGCCGGAGAUAAUUGUGAUCAGUGCGCAAGAGGAUACUAUGGAAACGCUUUGAACGGAACCACAUACGAUUGUAAACGAUGUCCAUGCCCAGACAAUGGAGCCUGUAUGCAAAUGGCCGACGAAUCAGUCAUCUGUCUCGAGUGUCCAAUUGGUUAUUUCGGAUCACGAUGUGAAUUAUGUUCAGAUGGAUACUAUGGCGAUCCAACCGGUCUUCUUGGCCCAGUACAACUUUGCCAAGCUUGCGAAUGUAAUGGAAACGUUGAUCCAAACGCCGUUGGCAAUUGCAACCGUACAACUGGUGAAUGUUCGAAGUGUGUGUACAAUACUGGUGGAUCGCAUUGUGAACAAUGUUUGCCGGGCCAUUUCGGUGAUCCAUUGUCAUUGCCACAUGGAAACUGCGAGCAAUGCUCAUGCUAUCUACCAGGAACAGAACAAACUGAAGAUGGAAUUUCGGUUUGCGAUUCACUCACUGGAAACUGUCGUUGUAAACCAAAUGUUAUCGGUCGCAAUUGUAACGAAUGCCAAAAUGGAUACUACAACAUUGUUUCGGGCAAUGGUUGCGAGAGCUGUAACUGCGAUCCAAUUGGAAGUUUUAAUAGCUCGUGUGAGAGAUCCACUGGUCAAUGUUAUUGUAAACCAGGUGUUACUGGCCUUCGUUGUGACCAAUGCUCACCAUAUCAAUAUGGAUUCUCACCUGAGGGAUGUAAACCAUGUGAUUGUGACGAAAGUGGAUCAAAGGGCUUCCAAUGCGAUGCAUCUGGUCAAUGCCCAUGUAACGACAAUGUUGAAGGCAGACGAUGCGACAGAUGCAAAGAGAACAAAUACAAUCGUCAUCAAGGAUGUUUGGAUUGUCCCGAUUGCUACAAUUUGGUACGGGAUGCUGCCAACGAUCAUCGCCGAAAGUUGGCCGAUUUGAAGAGUAUCUUGCAACAAAUUGCAUCGAAUCCAACGGUCAUUGAUGAUGCAGAAUUUGAGGCGAAACUCAAAGCGGUUGAAGAUAAAAUCAAUAUUUUGGCUGAGGAUGCUAAGUCUGGCGCGGGUGGCGGUGACCGUACAUUGGUUGAACGUAUCGAUGACUUGCGCGAACGAUUGAAUAACGUACAAAAAUUACUCGAUGAAUCGGAUAGUUUGAAAGAUACAACGGCACAAGAAAUUGAAUUGGCCAGUCUAAAUGUAUCGAAAGCUGAAAGCACCAUUGCGAACGCUCGCAAAACUUUGGACGAAGCUUCCGAGCUGUUGAACACCGAUGGUGCUACGGCAUUGGCCAGAGCCAAGGAUCGUUUCGACCAAUUUGGACAACAAUCAGAGCAAAUCAGUGAAAUUUCACGAGAGGCACGUGCUCAAGUGGAUCUUCUGGAAAAACAAGCGGAUCAAAGUAAACAGAAUGCAGUUGAUGCAAACGAAAAGGCAUCAAAGGCUUACGAAUUGGCUAGAAAUGCAUUGAGCCAACAGCAACAGAUCAGCGAUGAAUUGCGUGCAAAUAUUCGUUCUGAAAUCGAAGAGUCGAAGAUCGCAUUGGAAAAUGCCAUUGGAUUAUCGAAUGAUGCAUUGCAGCAAGCCAAUCAAGUCUAUGACGAAGCAUUGACACUGAUUGCAAACAUCAAUGCAUUAUCGGUGCCAGAUAUCAAUUUGGAAAAACUACGAACGGAUGCCAUUAAGGCAAUUCAAGAGGCCGAACGUUUACAAGCUGAAAUCGAUCGAUUGACGUCGGAGCAUGACGCUCUUCUUGUUGAAUACGAUGAGAACUCCGAUCAUGGAUCAGUAUUGGUUGAACGAUUGAUCACACAACAGGAUGAUGCCAUCAAGCUGUUAGAACAUUUGAACUUUAUCAAUAAGAACGCCAAGGAAGCAGUCGCUUUGGGCGAUGGCACAUUGAAAGAGGCUAACGAUACUUACCAAACACUAACAGGCUUUCAAACGCAGGUGCAGCAGUCAUCAGAGAGUGCCAAAUUGGUAUUGGAAACCGUGCCAGAUAUUGAGAAUCAAAUUCGUGAAGUGGACAGUGUCGUUGGUGAAGCUGAAAAUGCAUUGCAAGGUGCCCGUUCAAAUGCCGAAGAGGCUCGUCUGAAUGCACAUGAGGCACAAGAGAAAUAUGCCGAACAAGCUUCACAGGAUGCUGACAUUAUUCGACGAAAGGCAAACGAAACCAAGGCAGCUGCUCAUCAAUUGCGUGGUGAAGCCGAUCAUUUGAACGGAAGAGUUGUUGUUACCGAAAAUCGGAUUGCCAAACUUAGCGAUGCAGUUAAAGAAGAUAACGCCUUAACUGACGAAGCAAAGGAAAAGGUUGGACAAGCAAAAUCCGAUUCGGAAGAAUCUACCGCCCAAGUGGAGAAGGCAUUGAACGAGGUGAGAGCCAUUAUGGAUGAAUUGAAGAGUUUGAGAGACAUCAAUUUGGAUGAAUUGGAUGCGCUUGAAAAACGAUUGACUGCCGCCGAAGCCGAAGUGAAUCGCGCCAAUUUAACCGAUCGUUUGGCUGAUUUGGAUCGCGUGAAGAAUGAACAAAAUCUAUCGAUUAAAUCAUACCAAAAUGAAGUGUCACAAUUGGAAUCCGAAGUGAAUAACAUCAAGCUCAUUUCCGAAGCACUACCAAAUGAUUGUUUCAAACAGCCACGCUUGGAGCCAUAAAAACAGCACUUGCUAGAGCGAGCAUAAACACACACAUGCACACACAGUCGCACCGAACAUUUCAUUUUACUUUUAGCCAGUGAUAGUAUUGAUUUGGAUGGAGACUUAAGUAGCCAAACAUUUCUACUUAUCAUACGACAAAAUGCUACAAACAGUUUUAAAAAAAAAAGAAGAAUAUAUAUAAAUAAAUUAAAUGAAUGGAUUGUAACCAGAAUUCCGAACAAGAAAAAACAAAAAUGAAAAAUAGACAAGAUAAACAACUAAAAAAAAGAAAACAAUAUUAAUGUUUAGUGUAUAGAAAAUUUGCUACAAAAAAAAACAACAUGGAAGAAAAAAGAAACGAAGCAGAGGACACAUUUAUUGCUAUAUCUGCCGAAUGAAUCAAGUGCCAAUUGACAUUCAAUUUUUUUCUUAUUAAGCCAUUCAUGACUACUGCAUUUAGGACAUGAAGAGAAAUAUGAGUUAAACAAAUUAUGCUUAAGUGACAUUUGUCUAAGUUACUUACUAAAGGAAUGAAUAAUUCAAUACCAAGCUUUUUUUUUUUUUUUUUGAAAAAAAGAUUGAUUUUCAAAAUAGAACAAUCAACGUUUUUUUUUUGUCAGUGUAAGUCUUUGUAAUUGAAAAUGCCAUUUAGAAAAGCCAAAAAUGCAAUUAAAAUUUAAACUAUGUUUCGUUCAUAACAGA